AUGGAAAUAGACAAUGUGACUUCUGUAGAAGGUUUUAUCCUUUUGGGUAUCACUGAUACUCGAGUCCUUCAAAUCUUUCUCUUCGUGAUUUUUCUUGUAUUUUAUCUGUUCAAUGUAUCAGGAAAUUUCUGCAUCGUUCUUCUCAUUACUAUUGACCAGUCCCUUCACAAACCAAUGUAUUUCUUCCUGGGUAAUCUUUCAUUUCUGGACACCUUCUUCUCAUCCACCACUGUUCCCAAGAUGCUAUCUGGCCUACUUAUAGGUGACAAGAGGAUAUCUUUUAUCGGUUGUAUAGCGCAACUCCACUUUUUUCACUUUCUGGGAAGCACCGAGGCCCUUCUUCUGACUUCAAUGUCUUAUGAUAGAUAUGUUGCCAUAUGUAACCCUCUGAGAUAUCAUGUCCUUAUGGGAAGAAAAUCUUGCAUUCAGUUGGCUUUCAGUUCUUGGCUCAUUGGAUUUUUAUAUUCAUUACUGGAAACAAUCAUAACUUUCAGGUUGCCUUAUUGCAACAGAAGACAAGUCAGACAUUUCUAUUGUGACAUAAAACCAGUUAUAAAGCUAUCCUGUGCAAAUACCAAGCAAACUGAGCUUUUAGUGUCAGGUAUUUUUGCUGUGGGGGCUAUCCUUUCUUUUCCGUGGAUCAUUGUGUCCUAUGCAUACAUUGGAAGACAUCUUCUGACCAUUCCAUCUAGACAUGAUAGACGGAAAGCCUUCUCCACUUGUACUUCUCACAUCACUGUUGUAUUUUUGUAUAUUGGUACAGCACUGUUUAUGUACCUGGGUCCAACCACAGAGAACUCACUAGAACAAGACAGGAUGAGUGCCAUACUGGUCACAGUUAUUACUCCAGCAGUGAAUCCUCUUAUUUAUACAUUGAGAAACAAAGAAGUAAAGAUUUCUCUUCAAAAGACAUUGGCUCGAAAAACAACAUGGUGCAAAACUUUAUGA